UGUGCUUGUGUCACAGUUGCUCCAAAGAGCCUGUACUGCCCUCUGCCCUCCCCUCUGUCACUUUGUAUCCCGCAGACUCUUGUUGCUGAACCUGUGGGACCAGUCCAGCCCCCCUCAUCCUGCUGCAUGAGUACUGCUGAGCACCGCUCCAUCAGACGUACCUGUGCAGGACACAGAAGGAAAAGACCUCAGAAGUCUUCUAAGAAGUGAUGGCCCAUAAUCCAGACCUUCUGCCAGAGACCUCCAUCACCAAGUUCAAGGAUCAGGACUUUAACUCUUUGCGCAACCAUUGCCUAAGCAAGAGAAAGUGGUUUAUGGAUGAGACAUUCCCUGCUGAAGCUUCUUCCAUAGGCCAGAAACUACUUCAAGGAAAAAAUCUUUCCAACCUGAAAUGGAUGCGGCCACAGGAUUUAUCAUGGGGUCAACCUCACUUCAUCCUAGAAGGAGCAAGUAGAUUUGACAUCCAACAAGGAAAAGCAGGGGACUGCUGGUUCCUGGCAGCACUGGGCUCCUUGACCCAGAACCCUCAGUGUCUGCAGAAGAUCCUGAUGAACCAAAGCUUUUCACACCAGUAUGCAGGGAUUUUCCACUUUCGGUUCUGGCAGUGUGGCCAGUGGGUGGAAGUGGUGAUUGAUGACCGCUUGCCUGUCAUGGGCAACAAAUGCGUCUUUGUGCAUCCUUGCAGUGGCAACCAGGAGUUCUGGCCCUGCUUGCUGGAGAAAGCCUAUGCCAAGUUGCUGGGAUCCUAUUCUCACCUGCAUUAUGGCUACCUCCCUGACGCCCUGGUGGACCUCACAGGAGGGGUGGUUACCACGGCCAACCUGUAUUCCUCUCCAUCCAGCCUGCUGAUGAUGGUGAAGAUGGCAGCUGAGGAAGGCUACCUGAUGACUUGUGCUACCCCAAAGGGGCCAACAGACGAGUCGGAGGUGACCGAGAACGGGCUGGUGAGUCAGCAUGCCUACACAGUGACCGGGGCAGAGCAGAUUCAGUACAAGACAGGCUGGGAAGAGAUCAUCCGCCUGUGGAACCCUUGGGGCAACACGGAGUGGAGAGGGCGCUGGGGAGAUGGGUCCCAGGAAUGGCAAGAAACCCAAGACCCACGGAAAAGGCAGUUAUACCACAACAAGGACGAUGGCGAGUUUUGGAUGUCAUGUCAAGAUUUCCAGGAGAACUUCGUCUCCUUGUUCAUAUGUAACCAAAUCCCCAUCACUUUGGACCACGGCCUCAGGCCCCAUGAAAGAUGGAGCCAAAUAAUAUUUAAGAACCAAGUGGUCCCAGGAAACAGCACAGGAAAUCCCAGAAGGAAUGCUCAGUACUUCUUCAGUGUGGGAGAGUCCCAGGGAGGCAACAACGUUGUCGUGUCCUUCACUGUCAUGCCACAAAGCUUGAAGGCAGAAGAGCAAGGAUUUCCCUUGAGCUUCCAGGUGUUUAAGUUUCAGAAAUUCCAGGAGAGAUUGCCGCCUACAUUUUUCUCUCCAUUUAGAAAUGCUGCCCAGGUCAUAGAGUAUGAAACCAAGCACAACUUCACGAAGUCUUUCCAGCUCAACCCUGGGACCUAUGUCGUGGUCCCCUCAGCACGGAGAAAAGAAGCUAAGUUCUUGCUUCGGAUCUUCCUGAAAAUGACAGCCAGUAACAGGAACUCAGACAGCAAUUUCAACCUCAGAGCUCUGAAGGAAAAUCUUGCAGAAGACUCUGAACAAAACGUUUUCUACAGAUACGUGUCACAGGGAUUGGACAUUGAUGCCACCCAACUUCAAAGCCUUCUCAACAAGGAGUUCCUGAUAGGACCUCCAGAGGACACUUUCUCCUUGGAUGAGUGCCGCAGUAUUGUGGCUCUGAUGGAUCUGAAGGUGAAUGGGCGGCUCAACCAGGAGGAGUUUGCCAGGCUGUGGAGGCGUCUUGUCCAGUGCCAGCGUGUUUUCCAGACCAUCCAGAAAAGCUCUCGAGUCUUCCUGAGCUCAGACUUAGGCAAGGCCAUAAGGAAUACAGACUUCCUUACAGGCAUCUCCAUCAGCAGUGAGCUGCUGGACCUCAUGACCCUGCGGUACAGUGACAGCACUGGUCGGGUCAGCUUCCCCAGCUUGGUCUGCUUCCUGAUACGACUGGAAACUAUGGCAAGGGCAUUCCAUAAUCUCUCCAAGGACGGCAAAGGAUUCUACGUGACAGAAAUGGAGUGGAUGAACCUGGUCAUGUAUAACUGAUACAGGAGCACAGCAGACCCCACAGACAAGACCAGAGAAAUUCUUUUUAAGAUACUCAGCUAGAGCUUGAAUUGAAGAUUGUACCACUAGGCACAAGAGACUCCAGGAAGUUUGCAUCAAACUCUCCCCUGCAGUCUGAGAGGAGCUGGGAGUCUGAACUUGCCUCUGGCCCUGUGAAACCUGAAGACCUCACUAGGAAACACAGCUGUGGUUACCAGGCUCCUUAUGAGGCCAGAGCACCCAGUCUGCUGGCGAUUCCUUUUGUAAAGAAUGUGUCCAAUAAGGAAACCAGCGUGUGUACUUCCAGGGCAUAAAACAAGAGGAAAUAAGGCUUGGGAUCUGGCAAGCAGGAGGACCAAUGCUACAUGCAGGCAAGGAAGUCCAAACCCCAGAGCUGUGCAACCGAGCAGGAAAGCACUGAGUCCCCAGGAGGGCAGAAGGCGUGAGCGGGGGACAUGGAACCAGCAGCUUAGCAGAUUCUCAUUCACGGAACAUAAUACUCAGAGAGGUUUCAAAUUCUGCUGGAGAGGCUUUAAAAGAAUUAUUAGGAUAAUGACAGGCUACACAGACAAAAAAUAAAUGAGGUAAUUAUUAACUCCUAGAAGAACAAAGAGUUACAGAAGAAAAUGUAAUCCAAGAGUAUUUUUUCACCCCGCAGAGAACAAUACAUACAUAAUUGUACUAAAAUAAAAAUUGAAUAUUGAUUUAACAAAAAUGUGAUCUAACUGUAUUAAAAGAAUAGAGAGAGAGAAUUUAGAAACAUGAAACUGGGUUAAGAGCACCCCAGCUUCAUCAUAACAAGUCCAUAGGCAUUUAAAUUAACCAACCAAGGAAUAAGAGUAUUCUUUAGAUGUGUGGAGAAAAGCACCAGAACAAAGAUGGGGGAGCGGAAUUAAGGAGGGGAAUGGGCCGGGAGAUGGUUCUCUUUGUUUCAUGAUUUGUGAUACUAUGUGAAAUUUUAAGUUAUGGAUAUUGGACUGAAUUUUUUAUUUAAAAAUAAGCAAAUGAGCCAAUACGCUGAGAAACAAAGAGUUUAAUGACUCGAGAGGGAAAAUAUAGGGAAGAGCUGAGACCUCUUUGCCCAGUAGACAGGGCAGCUGUCCAGCUAGAGUUGGAGAAGGAAUACCUAUGCGACAAUGUUGCUUAGACCCCAGCCACAUGCAGUCGAAAAAAGCCACUGCUCGGGCAGAAGUGCACGCUAGCAGACUAGAGAACAGAACUGCUGUUGUCCCUGCCCCACUUUUCCUGUCUGCCCAGGGGUGAGAGGCGCAUCUGUGACUCGAGAUGCUGUCCCUGCCACUAUAGGUACUCAACAGUGCUUGGUAGUCUGUGGACUGGACUCAAGCUGUAGACAGGGCAGAGCAGAUGGAAGGUGUCCUCCGAGGGAUUUUGAAGAUGGGGGAGCUUUCCUAUCCAUCGGGGUCCUUGGUGAGACGGAGUUGCUCCCCCUUGCAUUAGGAGGUUUUGGGGUUCAGAUGGUCCAGAACAGAGCUGCGGGAAGGAGGUGGUGGCUCAUAAGAAGGCAAAGUUUCCUUACUCCUGGCCUUUGGCAUGUGGGCUUUGUCUCUUCUCCAAGACCAGUUCCGGGGGUCACUGUAGAAGCUGCUUGAUCCCAGGGCUCUGCUGCCCCCUGUGUGCUGUCCUGUAUGACACUGAGUCAGAGCUUCCUUCCAGGAACCUGGGCCAGAUGCUGCAAACCUGAGGCCAUGUAUUAGGUCCUGUGACCUCUUCAUGACACUAACCUGGACUCCUAGAAAGUGAAGCAGGACAUGUUCCACUGUGCAAAAGGAAGGGAGAAGCUGUCGCCAGCCCACCUUGGGUCCAUUCCUUGGAAGAGCCACAACGAUCCAGUUUGCCUGCCCGGGGGUGUGCUGCACGGCCCGGGAUUGGCUCGUUCAGAGUCAUUCGCCAAGGAGCCCUGCUUUCUAAUGUCUGAGUACUUGUUGUUUUAACACUAACUGGCAAAAUAAAACACAUUUUCUAUAACA